GAGAGAGAGAGAGAGCGAGCAGAAGAAAGAGAAGAAAAAUAUAACUCCGGUCACCAUCAAAGCUAAUUCAAGAUGUUUGGUGUGAUUGGAGAGGAUGGUCUCGUCCCCAGAGCGCGCAGCUGGCUGCCGGUGGCGUGUGAAGCUGUACUGGGGCUUCUUACACUGGUGUUUGUGUGGCUGCUGGACGCUGACAGGUUCAUGGAGAGAGCAGAAAUGAUCGCUUUUAGCCUCACAGUGGCAGCGUUUAUUCACAGUAUGUGUUUGUUUGCAGAGGAGUGGUUCUUCCAUGCAAGGCAAAGGUAUCACGGCAGAAUAAAUGAGAUCCUCCAGGCCUGCUUUAAAGGAGAUGUCAUUCUGGGAAUGUGUGCAAUAGUCCUGAUGCUAAUGUUUGGUGGCGUUUCAUUCUCUCGCGAACAUUGGAGCACCAUGGCCAUCAUGUGUGCCGUUUACCUGCUGCUCAACAGCCUGGGGGUGCAGGGCCCUACUCCGGUGGAGAUCUCAGAAAUCUGUGAAGUGAAGAAGAUGAACGUGGCUCAUGGUUUGGCCUGGUCUUUCUAUAUCGGCUACCUCAAAUUGAUCCUUCCAGUUUUACAAAACAAAAUCAACCAAUAUUCCUCCACGGGGGCGAGACUAAGCUCUCCACGUCUACAUAUCCUUCUGCCCCUCAACGCCGUGGUCCCAAGCAAACCUGAAGAGGAGGACACUAAUGUGGUCUUCCACGAGAACCUUCCAGAACUGGAGUUGGACAUAGCAGGUGUGCGGAAUCGUAGCUACAAGAACAGCGUCUACAAGAUCACCCAGAACAACAAAACUUUUAGCUGUGUUCUGGAAUAUGCCACACCGCUGCGGACGCUGUAUCAGAUGUCCCAGGAGAGCAGCGCAUGCUUUGGAGAAAGAGAACGAAAACAGCAGGUCUUGCUGUUCUACAGAACCCUCAGCCAAAUUCUGGACAAUUCUCUAGAGUGCCGAAACCGUUACCGGCUCCUCCUGCUCAACGAUGAGCACACAGGUGACCCUCAUCAGCUCUCCAGAGAGAUCAUCCAGCACCUGAAACAGCAGGACGGAGAGAUUCACAUGGACCCCAUCCGAGAGCCACCAAAUGAAGCCUAUCCAGUUCCAGAAGAGGGUCAGAUUGGGGAUUUUAAUGGUGCGCUGUUUGCCGCUUUCCCAGAAGGCCAAAUGAGCAGCGCACCCAGCCUCAUGUUCAGCCUACCUCAAUCACUAAGAUCCGAACCAGUGGAGACGACUGAUUAUUAGCAGUAUUAACAGGAGAUGCGUGCUCUGCGUGAUUUCUUGGUUGCUUGUGUUCAGUAAUUACUUAAUAGACUUUAACGUAAUAAUAGGAAAGAAU